AUGGCACGUGGACAUGGUCGGGGUGGUAUGAGUUGUCGCAUGAAAUUGAUUCGAUUCAUUAUUGUGACAUUUAAUAUUUUAUUUUUUAUUAUUGGAGCAGUUCUUCUUGCUCUUGGCAUCUACGUGAUGGUCGAUCCAAAGUUUCAAAAACUAAAAAAAUUGUUACCUAUUAGUUCCGAUCCCAAUAUUCAGCAGGGAAUGUCGUAUAUUGAAAUGAUUGCAAUAUCUGUUAUUGUUCUUGGUUCAAUUUUGCUGGUUCUCGGAUUUCUUGGCUGUUGCGGUGCAAUGAAACAAGUGAGAUGUAUGCUCACAUUGUAUUCAUUUAUUAUUGGAGCAAUUAUACUCGCUGAAGUCGCAUUAACUAUCUACUUCGUUGCAUUUCAAUCAAAUUUCAAAGAUCAAUUCGUUCCAAAAUUACAACAAUCAAUCUCGCAGAACUAUGCUGGUCCUCCAAUUAUGGGCAAUAAACCCGGUGUGGUCAGUUUAGCAUGGGAUUUUAUUAUGUUUAAUUUGCAAUGUUGUGGUGCACAAAAUGGAACAGACUUUGUCAAUACACCUAAAUGGAAUAAAACCAAUCCAUGGGCACCAUAUCAAAAUUUAUCUUAUCCUUUGACAUGUUGUCCGAUUCAAAAUGCUCCUAAAGACUGGAAUACUUUAUCAGAAGAUACACUUAAACAAGCAGAAACUUGUGCUGUCGAUGGACUUAACAUUUAUAAAGAUGGUUGUUACAAUAAGCUAAUCGAAUUAAUUGGUUCUUACAAAUUAUAUGUUAUCAUCGGAGCAGUGAUUGUUCUUGUCAUAGAACUUCUUGCAUUUAUAUUCGCCAUUGCAUUAUGUUGUCGCACCUCAAAAGAACAAUUAUAUUAUAAUUCUUAA